CAGCCACACGUCAUAAAAUUUGAUAUGGCGGCUGCUUUAAAACAUAUGUUUUAAAUUUAAUUUUUAUUUGACGACAUACUAAUAUUAUUAUCAAAAAAUGGCCGACGAAAUGUAUUUAUGUACAAAAACGUGCCGUUUAUGUUUACGCAGUGAUAAAUUUCAAAUGUCAUUAUUUGGGGAAGUUGCACAAGAAAUGCAAAUAUGCCUAAAAAUCAGGACAUGCCUCCCUGUUCAGGUGUCACAAGAGGAUGACUUUCCAAAAACCAUAUGCUACAAGUGUGUGUCUGCACUAGAUCAAACUUAUAACCUAUGGAGGACAAGUUCAGAAUCAGAAGCAAUAUUAAAAAGUCUUAUUUACAAAGAAAAGCAAGAUUUGUCAGCAGCCAACAUGCAGCAGCAGAGCUUUUGCAACAAGGUCAACAGUCCAUCAGUGGCCUAUAGUAAGUCUACAAAAGCCAGUAGCAGGAGACUGCUGUUGCCCACAGGAAUGGCCCUUAUUGUGGAGAGUGAUUCUGAAGAGGAAUAUGAUCAGGCAACUCAGAUGCCUGCAGUAACACCAACAGCUAAUGACCAAAUAUCAACCGAGUGGUUCUGGGAGAGUGAGACUGUGCACAUGGAUACAAGUCCGGACUUUCUGGAGUCCCUGUCGCAGCCGUCCCUGGAUGUUGGGCAGACAAUGAACCCUUCGCCCCACAUCGCCAAGCCAGACCAAAGCCAGACUGUUACAACGAACUAUUCACCCCACAUCAUCGAGUCAGACCGGUACCAGAUUGUAACAACAAACUAUUCACCCCAUAUCACCAAGCCAGACCAGAGUCAGACUGUGACAACGAACUAUUCACCCCACAUUGCCAGGCCAGACCAGAGUCAGACUGUGACAACGAACUGUUCACCACACAUCAUCGAGUCAGACCAGUGCCAGUUUGUGGCAACGAACUAUUCGCCCCACAUCGCCCAGCCAGACCACAAUAUCAGAAUCACUGCCCCUGUGGAAACUAAAGCUCAGGGUGUGCAGCAGAGUCCACCUGGCAACAGCUGGCGCAGCGUCAGCUUGUUUGGGAUGUCUGCCAACACUUGGCGCAACUUCUACAAAUCAGGUGAAAUGUUCAGGCACUGUCAGCUGAGGGACAACAGGGACAGAACGCCACAGAAUGACACAGGUGGCACAGCACCAUCCGGAGCAGCUGUCAUGACCUCACAACUGUCUCAGAAGGGAAACUAUGAAGACGUGUUGCAAGCAAUGAACAAGCGGAACUAUAGGGCCAUCAGCCAACACAGUGAUACACCCAUGACACUCGUCAACUUCCUCCAUGCUCAGAAACCUCAACAGGCACCACAGUGAAAUCUCUGCCCCACUGUGGGUAACAUUAAUGGAUGAGUGAAGAAAUGCAUACAAAAAGCCUGGAAAGAAAUGUUAUGGAAAUAUGAAACAUGUUCUUAAGACUGGACCUUAAGGGAACAUGCUCAGAACCAACCCAGUAACAGAUUACUGUGUUAGUGGUAUUGGCUCUGAUUUACAGUGAAAUUCCCAUUUCAUGGACAUCUGGAAGGAAAUUAUAAGGUUUACACCAAAUGCGGAUUAGGCAAAACUACAUCAAGAAACUGCUCAUCAUCUUAUAAGACUUGCUGAAUGCAAUUGUGACAUGACAGUUUCUUUACAAAAGCAGUUAAAGAGACUGUUUCUGUGCAAAUAAACACAAUUACACAGAAACACUAAAUUAAGUUCUAGACCUUGAAAACAGACAUUGACAGCAAGAACCAAGGCAACUAGGAUCCCACAAGUGGUGUGUUCAGGAUGUGAUGUUACUUUUCAAAGAUUAUGGUUGUGUAGUAACAAUUUCCAACACAGAGAAAAUGUGAAUAUAAUCAUUUCAACCAUAAUCAUAGUAAAUCAAGGUUCAAGUUCUGUAAAGGUACACAAUUUCUAACAAUAAAUGUGGGUUAUUUAGUGAAUUAAAAAAUCACAAAAUACACUGUUUACACUGGAUUUUGGCAGGGACCAGAAAGAAUAUUCUGUAAAUGGGGGACAUCACUGUAAUUACAUCAUGGCCACAUAUGUGAUCAUGUUUUCAUAUUCCAGUUAGCUCACAGUUGUCAUACACUCUCCAGUUUUCCACAUGCCAUAACAUAGCGUUAGAUAAAGCUUCCACUUCAGGAACUUAUGUAAUUUCACAUUUAAUGGAAAUGAAAAAUAUUAAUAAAGAGAAGCCACACUGUUUUA